GAUAGUGUCGUAGAUUUAAUAUUUCGGAGAAUCCGUUGACCAAAUUUUAGUUAACAACAACAAGUUUAUCAUCUUCUUCUAUCUAAAUAUCCAGUACAAAAUACAGAUUUAAUAUAUUCAUCAUUUUUAUAUAAAGUUAAAUUCUGCUCGAUCAGGCUAAAUCAUAGCUUUAUCAUGAGUUAAAUAUAAUUUAACUUACAAAUAUUUAACAAGAAACUUGUAAAUAAUUAUGUCCUCGUCACUAGUGGAAUCGUACUACUAUUAUUAAUAUUAUGCUAACAACUGGCUACAAGAAACAAUACGAAGAAAGUAAUAAUUUGUAUCUCGAAAGAUAUAUAUAAAAUAUGUGGUUAGUGAAGUGAAUGAGGGGAAGGAAGAGUUUGGACAUACAUAAUUAAAAGUGGAGUCAAUAUUUCUUCUUCACCACGACGGAAGUUUUCGUUAUCAUCAACUUGAAGAUUUCGGAGUUAAAAUCACUGCUACUGUUUGAGGAGAAGGAGGAGUACGAUCAGAAACUUGGAGUUGUCAAUCAAUUCAUCAAAGACAAGAUCAUUGUUUUGUGGAAAAAGAAAACAGUUUGGUCCUUGGAUUUUUACUUUUCAAAAUGCUGAGCUCAUUAAGAAGCGCCCUUCUAAUUGUGGGAGUUUCUGUUUUACUUUUCGGAGUCUCCGCACAGCAAGACCCUCCAGAAACUACAACUGUCAAACCUACAACAACGACGCCAGCACCGACAACGCCGCCAACAACACCAGCCCCUGCUCCUACCACGACAACCGCUAAGCCAGCCCCAGCCCCAAAAUACCCAGGAAAUGAUGGUAAAUGGACCUUGGAAAAUGCGAACAAUGAGACUUGUAUCAUAAUCAAGGGUGCCAUCGAAGUUAGCAUUACUUAUCUUGACGUUGAGAAAAAGAAUCGAACAGCCAAUGUAGAUAUUCCUAUUAAAGGCGUCACUGUUUCUGGCAAUUGUUCCCUGGGUGUUAUUAAACUGACAUGGACUGUUGUUACCAAUCACACAAAUUCUGUUGAGUUCACUUUUGAAAAGAAUGAAACUGCAUCGAUCACCACGGAUGGAAUUAGCGCUGGAAAAUAUGCCCUUCAAAACGUCACCGGAACUUUGUACAAGGAUCCAGCAGUUUUUGUGAACGCCACCAACCCAAAUAAAGACUUUACAUUUAACAUCUUGGAUAAGGCUGCUUUCCAAACACCAUUCAACCACUCGUACUCUUGUCUGCAGCAAGAAACACUAAAGUCCGAAGAUGGAUUUGUCACCCUCAAAUUGACUGACAUGAGGCUGGAUGCUUUCAGGAAAACCGGAAAGAAUGACACAAACUUCAACCCAUCAAUCGACUGCCCUGCUGAUGAUGCUUCUGACGUUGUCCCCAUCGCUGUGGGAGCUGCUCUUGCUGGACUGGUGGUGAUUGUCCUAAUUGCUUAUCUCAUUGGAAGACGCCGCUCCAGGUCUCGAGGCUAUCAAAGCGUUUAAAUUAACCAACUCCAAUUAAUGUGGUGAUACCAACAACAAUCACAAUUUAUAUACAUUCACCACCAUUAUUGACCAAACAAAUUGAUACGAUCACGCGGACUUAAGACUUCUCUUCUGGGUUUCGACUUUAUUCAAGUUUUAAAAAAAUGUGCAAGAAUGAUGUAAUUACCUGUUUACAAUGGUUUAAAUAAUAAUAUGAUAAGUAUGACGUUAUCUCAAUUCGGAUGUUUGUACGUAGGUAUCGAUCGCAUAAUAUUUAUACUAGAUUAAUAGGUUUUGAUUAUAAAAAAAUGUUUACUGGUUAUUCUCUCUCAAAGUUCGUAUACAGUUCGUAGCUCAUAAAAUAUUGCCAUGAUAUGAACUGAAGAUGGGUUUCUUAUUGAUUAAUUGUUAAUUCUAAUAGCUAAUUGAACAAAUGAACAAUCUUGAUCCGCCGCCUGACUCGAUUUAAUUUUCUCAACAAUCUUACAUUAUGCAAACUAGAUACUUGAAAAAUGAUUGACGACAUGAUGAGUGCCUUUUGUCGUUUCAAGAAUUGGUCCCCACACACACAGUGUAUUUAAUAUUAGUAUGAUCGAGUCUGGAAUACAUACAUUUGUGAUAUGCGAUUCAUUCUUCAGCUUCAUUUAGUCAUUAACAGUUAUUACAUAGUUAUGUACUGAAUUUACAAAGUUAAAACUCGUCAGAAAAGCUGAAGAAUUAUUUAAAUCUUUUUAAAAUCCGAAUAUUUAAUGUUCAUGCAAUGUUAGGCUUGUUUGUGUGAGGUUGAAUAUUUUUGGCAGUUCUUUUGUUUUAUUAUUAGUCCUUUAGUUGGUUUGAUGGGGCUAAUUUCUUACGAUAAUUUAUUUUAGAAUUGUUCCUUUAAGUAAAAAUAAUAAAAAAUAUAAAAGAACACAA